CCAGGAAGAAUGUUUGUGGGAGAAUAUGUAACAUAUUAAGUUUUAUGUGGAUAGCAGUGAACCACACCUCAGUGCGUUGCAGCAAAGAGAGAAGUAUACCAAGAGUAGAGUUUCCUAGAUAUUCCGCAGGAUGCCUGUGCAAAUGAAUUUCAGAUCGUUGAUCACCCCAGUGGGGAUUGUGAGGCUUUUUGAAGUCUUCCUUUCAUGCACGGCAUUCAGUCUGAUUGCUCACGUGGAUCGUUACUCUGGACCUUACGGAGGUUGGUGUAUGUUCGCCUGGUGCUUUUCGUUUGCCGUCACCUUUAUCAUUGUUGCAUUGGAGCUGACAGGCCUUCACACCAAUAUUCCGAUAUCCUGGGAGGACUUCACCACCUCGUUUGCGAUGCUGGCCACGCUUUUGAACCUGACUGCCUCGAUUAUUUACCCCACUGUUUACCUCUCCUCCGACAAGCGUGUAACUGAGGACCAACAAAUAGCAGCCACCGUCAUGUCCUGCCUGUGCUUUAUUGCCUACGCGAUUGAAGUCGGUCUCACGCGAGCAAAGCCUGGUGAAGUCAGUGGCUUUUUAAAGACUGUUCCAGGACUGCUUAAAGUGUUGGAAGCUUUCAUCGCCUGCAUUAUCUUCGUACUUGUUGAGGGCUCAUAUGGGGCCAAUUCUGGUCGGCAGUGGUGCAUGGCUGUAUACUGCAUCUGUUUUAUCCUCACCUUCCUGAUCAUAAUUUUAACCAUUGCUAAGCUCACGGCUACGUUACCAUUUCCUUUUGAGACUUUUUUGACAGUCUACAACGUCCUGGCCGUUCUGAUGUACGUUACCGUGGCAAUCAUCUGGCCAAUUUUCUGCUUUAGUGAACGCUACGGCACUCCGAACAGACCACAAGCCUGUACACGAGGCAACUGCAAGUGGGAUAACCAAGUCACAGCGACUGUUUUAACCUAUGUUAACCUUAUUGUCUACAUUGUGGACCUGGUUUAUUCAGCCAAGUUAGUCUUUAUUUCUCGGGUUUAAGUGCUUCUGAAUACCGUAGGCGUUGGUGAUAGGGGAGAUAGCUUCAACGGGGAUCCUAAAUCAACAUUACCUAGACUGUGGCCACUUUAUUAGCUACCUCCUGCAUCUAAAAAAGUGGCCACUGAGUAUACGUUCAUGUUUUUCUGCUGUCGUAGUCCAUCCACUUCAAGCUUGGACGUGCUGUGCAUUCAGAGAUGCUCUCCUGCACACCGCAGCUGUAAUCUGUGAUUAUCUGAGUUACUGUUGCCUUCCAGUCAGCUUGAACCAGUCUGGCCAUUCUCUUCCGACCUCUCUCAUUAACAAGGUGUUUUCACCCACAGAACUGCCACUCACUGGAUGUUUUUUUGUUUCUUUUUGUAAACUUUAGAGGCUUAAGUCCCAGGAGAUCAGCAGUUUCUGAGAUACUCAAUUUAACCCAUCGGGCAUUAAACAGUCAGCCACUUAGAUAACAGUUCUUCCCCAUUCUGAUGUUUGGUCUGAAUAACAACUGUACCUCUCGACAGUGUCUGCAUUUAAUUACUGCCACAUGUUUGGCUAAUUAGAUAUUUGCAUUAAUGAGCAGAUCUAUAAGUGCACCUAAUAAAGUGGCCACUGAGUGUGUAUCUGCAGGCUAAUAUUGUUCCUUAUGGAUUGAAAUUGUGGCAGAACAUCCAUACUUCUCUGCCCCUGAAUAGGCUUAUUUGGCACUGUACCCUAUCACAGUCAAAUCUUUCCUUGCUCAUCCACUCCUUUUGUCGAUGGAUUUUUAUUGCCUUCACCCUCUCACAGAUGUUCCUUUCUGCCUUCUCUUGCUCUCCCCCCCCCCCUUCUCUGAUGGAAGGUCACCAGAAACGAAAUAUUAACUCCAUUUCCCUGCCUACCGAAAUUGGCAGACUUGCUGAACAUUUCAUUAUCACAAGAGAAUCUGCAGAUGCUGGAAAUCCAGAGUAACACACAAAAUGCUGGAGGAACUCAGCAGGUCAGGUAGCAUCCGUGGAAAGGAAUAAAGAGACGAUGUCCUGUGCAGAGACCCUUCAACAGGAAUGAACUUUUACAGCUUUUUUUCCCUGUUUUAAGUUAGUGCAUUGGCCAACUCUCACAAAAACAACGCAGGUGGUAGAAGCUUAGGUUCACUACACAAGAUGUCAGAUUUGGCCUUUUGUCCUGAUUCGCAGAGACACAGUUAUGUUGCUGUGGGAAGCUCAGCCUAGGUAACGCGUUUUCGUGUUACUUUAUAACCUGCUGCUGCAGAUGUGUAGGGGCUGGAUAUGCGAAAAGGCAGAAAUUUGGUUUCCUGCUGCAGGUUCUCGGUCUGAAAUGUCAACUGUACUCUUUUCCUUAGAUGCUGCCUGGCCUACUGAGUUCCUCCAGCAUUUUGUGUGUGUUGCCAGGAACUUGGUUUAGCUGUAAUCCAAUUAGGAGGGAGAUAAAUUUUUGUCACCUAUGUUAACUUCGUAAUUGAUGAGGCCUCAUGCAGCAUCAGUGCUGGUUGUCACAGGCACUUGGCUGUGUACUGCAAAAACUGUUGAAAGGGUGGAGGCUUCUGGAAGACAAUUGUGUCCAAUAACUGUGGGGGGGGGGCAUGGUAGCAUAGUUCAAAGUAUAUUAUCAAAGUAUAUAUAUGUCACGAAAUACAACCCUGAGAUACAUUUUCUUGCGGGCAUUCUCAAUAAAUCCAUAAUAAAGUAGUAACCAUCACAGAAUCAAUGAAAGACCAAACCAACUUGGGCAUUCAAACAGUGUGCAAAAGACCACAAUGUGCAAAUGCAAAAAGAAAGAAAUAAUAAUAAUAAUAAUAAAUAAAUAAGCAAUAAAUAUCGAGAAUAUAAGAUGAAGAGUCCUUGAAAGUGAGUCCAUAAUCAACGAUGAAGUGAAAUAGUGUGAAAUUAUCCCCAUUGUUUCAAGAGCCUGAAGGCCGAGGGGUAAUAACUGUUCCUGAACUUGCUGGUGUAAGACCUGAGGCUCCUGUGCCUUCUUCCUGGUGGCAGCAGUGAGAAGAGAGCAUAUCUUGGAUGAUGGGGUCCAUGAUGAUGGAUGCUGCUUUCCUGCAAUGACGUUUUGUAUAGAUGUGCUCAAUGCUGGGGAGGGCCUUACCCAAGGUAAUUGGGCCUUGUCCACUACUUACUGUGGGAUUUUCCAUUCAAGGGUAUUGGUGUUUCCAUACCAGGCUGUGAUGCACCCAGUCAAUGCACUAUCCACAACACAUCUAUAGAAGUUUGUGAAAGUUUUAGAUGUCAUGCUGUAUCUUCACAAACUCCUAAGGAAGUAGAGGUGCUAUCAUGCUUCCUUUGUAAUUGCACUUACGAGCUGGGCACUGGACAGGUUCUCUGAAAUGUUAACACUGAGGAAUUUGGAGUUGCUGAUCCUCUCUAUCUCUGAUCCUCCAAUGGACAUCUGGUUUCGUCCAUUUGUCUGCUGGCUGAGUAAGAUGUUGUAGAGGUUGUUGUUAUGACACCACUCAGCCAGACUUUCAAUCUCCCUCCUAUAUGCGGAUUCAUCACCACCUUUGAUUCAGCCUAGGACUUUAGCGUAACACUAUUACAGCACCAAUGACACGGGUUCAAUUCCGCCACUCUCUGUAAGAAGCUUGUACCUUCAUCCAGCAUGUGUUUCUUCUGGGUGCACUGGUGUCCUCCCACACUCAAAAGACAGCCAGAUUACUCGUUUAAUUGGUCAUGUGGGUGCAGGAUUGUGAGAUGGUAGGGCCUGUAUUUCUAAAUAUUUUAUUCCAAAAAAACUGGAGAAGGAAACCAAGGAGCUGGUUUUGGAGCAGCUCUGCCUUAUCUUGGCACUGUUUUGAUAUGGUUGGGUGUUUGUAUAGGAUCGUGGUUUAUGUGUGGGGAACAGGGCUGCCCACUCGCAACUGUUCUCAGGCUAUUCAGUUGGAAUUACUCGAGUGAAGUCUGAAUGAUCAUUCUAAUUCUUCUCCACUACUUCAUGAAGAACCUAAUUGUUGCUUGUUUGUUCUCCAAGUGAUUUCUUUUGCUACUGUUUGAGAUUUUGUAAUUAAAGUAGUAACAACUCAUGUGACACACAUCAAAGUUGCUGGUGAACGCAGCAGGCCAAGCAGCAUCUAUAGGAAGAGGUACAGUCGACGUUUCAGGCCGA